AUGUUAACCGCUUCUCACGCAUUAUUAGGAAACAGGCUCAACGAAUUUGAGCGCCGGAACCCAAAGUCUCACGACAAGAAAGUGGCUGCGCUGGGAGAACCCCCAGGCCCUCUGACUCACCUGAACCUGCGAGACAACUCGGAGGCGCGGCCGCAGAGUGGAGCCGACGGGCGGAGCCUCGUGGGCAGCUGGAGCAGGGCAUCCCCAGAGCGCACCACUGUCCUGAGGGAAGGCGUGCGCCGGUGCUUGCAGCUGCAGUGCCAGCAGACGGUGCGGAUCCUGCACGCCAAGGUGGCCCAGAAAUCAUACGGAAAUGAGAAGCGGUUCUUCUGCCCCCCGCCCUGUGUGUACCUCGCGGGUCCUGGCUGGAGGGUGAAGCCAGUGCCGGGCCAAGCCCACCCAGCAGGGGAACCGGGGCCCACUGUCUGCGGUUACAUGGGACUGGACGGCGCAUCCGGCAGCGCCGCCGAGACGCAGAAGUUAAAUUUUGAGGAGCAGACCGACUCCAGGGAAUUCGGUUGCGCCAAGACCCUGUACAUCUCAGACGCAGACAAGAGGAAGCACUUCCGGCUGGUGCUGCGGCUGGUGCUCCGAGGGGGCAGGGAGCUGGGCACCUUCCACAGCCGCCUCAUCAAGGUCAUCUCGAAGCCCUCACAGAAGAAGCAGUCGCUGAAAAACACCGACCUGUGCAUAUCCUCGGGCUCCAAGGUCUCCCUCUUCAACCGCCUGCGCUCCCAGACGGUCUCCACGCGCUACCUCUCCGUGGAGGACGGGGCCUUCGUGGCCAGUGCGCGCCAGUGGGCUGCCUUCACCCUCCACCUGGCUGAUGACCACUCCUCCCAGGGGGACUUCCCACCUCGAGAGGGCUACGUCCGCUAUGGCUCCCUGGUGCAGCUGGUCUGCACUGUCACGGGCAUCACCCUACCUCCAAUGAUCAUCCGCAAAGUAGCCAAACAGUGCGCACUCCUCGACGUGGACGAGCCCAUCUCCCAGCUGCACAAGUGUGCACUCCAGUUUCCUGGGGGCCCUCCUGGAGGCGGCGGCACCUACCUGUGUCUUGCCACAGAGAAGGUGGUGCAGUUCCAGGCCUCCCCCUGCCCCAAGGAGGCGAACAGGGCGUUGCUCAACGACAGCUCUUGCUGGACCAUCAUAGGCACCGAGUCGGUGGAAUUCUCCUUCAGCACCAGCCUGGCGUGCACCCGGGAGCCGGUCACCCCGGUGCCACCUAGGCGCCCGGGCUGGCCCCGCCCCGCCCUCGGCCCAAUUUGCCGGAUGCGAGGGGAGGCCCAGUCCCAGCAGCCGCAGAGGCUCUCGCCAUUGACACCGGCCCUGCGGGUCUUCCCCGAGUAG